UCAACUCUGAUCAGUUGUUCUAAACUAGCGCGGGUUUCAUCUAACAGGAUAUUCAUCAACGGUUUGGAUGUCGUCAGUAAACAGGUCACAUUAUCGUUUAGUUUUUUCCUAACUAUUAGGUAGAUAAUCAUCUUUACACUUUGCUGUGUUCUGUACACUUUACUGUCGUGUUUUGAUGACGCCAUCACUGGGACUUUCCGGAUACGUCACUUGGAACUUCCGAGUUAUAAAGCUAGCAACCGCUGUGUUCAUGUCGUUUGACGCCGUAAACGUUAGUGAGCUGCUCCGGAAUAUACAGCAACGGAUACUAUGAAAACGCCAAAUACCACGAACACCGCCGAGGGGUUUGAAUAUUGAGACGUCGUUGUCAGAAGCGACGUUCGCACCGAGAGGCGGUAUGUCAACAACGCGGCCCCUCCUCGGAAUGCGACGAGUCACCGAGCUAACGUACCCGGAGCAGCCGACCAGCAGGCUCCCUGCGUCAGCCGGCAGGCAGCAGCAAGAGGCCCCCACCGUGGACGAGUUUACCGUCCUGGAGGAUAAAGAAGAGGAGCUGAAAUGCGCCAAGCCUCGUGUGGAACAAGUUUUUAAAGUGACAUUCACCAUUAUCGGUCUGUUGGACCACACAGGACAGCCACACGGCAGCAAAACAUUACGGCAGAUAUGGCUGCAGCUCAGAGGAAACAGAGACGACGUGUCGAAGGCAAAGGAAUACGUUCGAGGGCUGUGCGACCCGGAGCUGCAGAAAGAAGAGCGCUACCCGGUGGACAUGCACUGCAUCUUCGCUGGCACCCGCGGACUGUUCUUGGACAGACUCAUAUGGGACACGAGUUCUGAAGUUCUGGUGCCAGAGCCGGGCCGCCUGUGGCUGUGUGGUCGGGCCGAACCUGUAGUGAUGGCUCAAAGCAGAGUUCAGCAGUUUGUAGCACUUUUCCAAGAGAAGAGAAGUCUGCCAAGUGACAGAGAAUCAUCAGUGAAAAGAGCCUUCAAGUCCUUCGUGGAGGAAAGAGAUGAUAAAUACACUAUGGAGCUUCUCCUGCUUCCCAGUGCCCUGAAGGAGGAGUUACUGGGGCUGGUUCACACCCCCACCAGCACAUCCACUCUGACGCUGCAUCCCAUCACUGCCGAGGUCGACCAGGACCGCUCACAGAGCAGCACCCCGGUGACGGAGCUGUCCAACCGCAUCCUGGACACCAGCUUUGAGGAGAAAGGAGGCGCAGCGGCAUCUGUCAGUGGAGGGAGUAAAGCAGGAGGCGGGAUCGGUUUGGGUCCCGAGGCCGUGCUGCUCAACGGCACGCGGCCAUCACACAAGCGGCGCUCGUCUGAGAGCGAGAAUCGAGGCACGAAGAGACAGUACUCACUGGAGCGGAGGGAGGAGUCACCUGACAGGGCGCGGGAGCGUCAGAAGGACAGGGAGGGCCGAGGUGGUAGCAGCUGCUGCAGGUCCAAAACCCCCGCCCCCUCCUCAAACCUAUCCUCCUCUUCCUCCUCUUCAGCUAAAUCUAACACGGUGGCCGGUCCGAUCAUGCUGGAGUCCAAUGAGGGCGUUUCAGAUGAAGGAGAGGCAGUCAGUCCAGAAACCAACCUCCGCUGCUUGGUCAAUUUCUUCAGAACCAUGGGCUACCAGCAGGAAGUGGUAGAGCGUGUCGUCAAGACAACAGGACAGACAGAAGACACGUUUCUUGUCCUGGAGAAAAUUGUGGAGGAAACAAAACGCUGCGAGGAGGUGUUGAAAGGAGAGGAAAAUGAAAGACGACGGAACUCCUCUUCCUCAUCAUCAUCUUCUUCCACAGUCUCUUGUUUCAGAGAGACGGAGCGGGAGCUGAACAGGACGCUGGCAGACUCGGGCAGGUCUAAAGAGAACAUUAUGCCCAACCAGCAUGGAAGCAGCAGCAGCAAUGGACUGGGACACCGGAGGCAGUGCAGCAGCAGUGAGACCAGCACCCAGCAGAAGUAUCCAAACUCAUUUCAGGCCAUCACCAUCAAGAGGAGCUCCAGCGCUCAAGGAGGAGCUGGAAACUACGAGGUUAUCACCAUCGACGACGAUGACGACACCAUCCACACCGACACCAAAACCAUAGACAGCAGAACGUCCCGGAUAAUGGCAGUGGCGCACCUUGAGGCACAGUCGGGAUCCCGAACCGACUACCUGGCCCGAGGAGGGGGCGGAGUCUCCCAAAGGGACUACCUGUCUCGAUGCGGGACUCAGACUUUGGGAGGUCCAGUGAAAGUUGAAAGCGUGACAGCACUGCGCAGCACGCCUCAGUGGCUGCCCGCCACAAACUCCUCCUUGGCUUCAACUCCCAGUUCAGCUCAGCCCAUCAACAGACCCUCAGCCUCUGCCUAUCAGACCAUCAGCCACAUGGGUUUUCAGGGGGGGCUGGCCCGGACUCCUCCGACCAACGACCCCACCGCCCCCCAGGUAACCGGUUUAGCUCGUUUCCACCAGUCGCUGAGGACGCCGUUCACAUUGAACCUACCCAAUGAGCCUGGAAACUCUAAACUCAGACACAUCAUCAUAGACGGCAGCAACGUGGCGAUGGCUCAUGGCCAUCAUCGCUUCUUCUCCUGUCGCGGCAUCGCACUGGCGGUGGAGACGUUCUGGAGGCGGGGCCACAGGGAGAUCACAGUGUUUGUCCCUCAGUGGCGUCAGAAGAGAGACCGAUUCACAACAGAACAACAUUUUCUAAACCAGCUGGAAGACCUGCGGCUGCUCUCCUUCACCCCCUCCAGGGAAGUCUGUGGUCAGAGGAUUUCCUCGCAUGACGACAGGUUCCUGCUUCACCUGGCAGAGAAGACAGACGGGAUCAUCGUAACCAAUGACAACCUGAGGGACUUUGUUGACACGUCCGACACCUGGCGCAGGAUUAUUCAGGAGAGGUUGCUUCAGUUUACCUUCGUGGAGGAUCACUUCAUGAUUCCUGAUGACCCGCUGGGGAAAGACGGGCCUCACCUGGACAUUUUCCUGCGUAGGGACAGCAGGUGGGCUCCAGCUACUCCUCCUCCUCUGAGGCCCCCAGACUUCCGGGCCCCGUCCCAGCACCAGCAGCCCAUUUAUGUUCAGGCCCUUCCCUCCGCCCCACGGACCCCCACCUCCCUGACGUCGCACCCCACCGCCCACUGGCCCCAUUCCGGUCCCCCUGAAUGGCACCCGCCUCGCCGUUCGCCCUCCCCAUCACCCUCUGCUCCACCUCAGCGGUCGCCGGGGGAAACAUCAGAGCUAAAGAGGAAGCUGUACGACAUCUUCCCCGACCAGAAGCAGCGAAUCGACCGCAUCCUCAGCGACAACCCGUACAUGAGAGACCUGAACGCCUUGUCCGGGUUGCUGCUUGGAUAAAACCAAUAAAGCUGGCAACGCACGUCAUAUAUACACACACACAUGCAAGAAUAUACAUACGUGUCUGCAUAUGAAUAAUUUAUUUGAGCAUCCUGUCCAGCGUGGAGGCCAUGCAAACAUUUUCUGAUUAUUUUACAGACUGAUCAUCAAACUUGCUGCUAUUUGCUAUAAGUAUUUUUGGGAAAUUGGUCUUUUCAUUCGUGGCUUUUAAAUGAACGGAGGUGAACAACACUGGUGCGACAGAGCGCAGCUGUGAACACAUUACCAGAGUUUUGUUCGGUUGGGAGGAAAUCCCUGCACACUUGGCAUCACAGCGUUUUAAACUGACUCCGUUCUGGAUGCAGAACUUUUUGUUCCGAUGUUUACAACACGGGCCGGUUGUGCAUGUUUUUUUUAAAAAUCACAACGUACAGUUUUCACGCUUGUGUUGCUCUGGAUCACGAUGGACUGGUUUGAGUUCACGGUUUAAAAGUUUGAAGUUGAUUUGAGCGCAACGAACCUUUUCAGCUCACUUUUCUUAGUUCAGUUUUAUCAGAGAAAGCAUUAAAGACUCAUCGGAAGGACGUUUUGGGCUGUAAUGACCUGUGUUUUUAUUUUAUUGAACUCAGCGUAAAUUGGUUUACUUCAAGCAACACUGCCCGUCUUUGUCCUCACGUCUCCUUUCUGUCCGGGUUUCUCUGACUCAUAGGAAUGACAGAAAUGCUGUCGUUUUCACCUCUGGGUCCUUGAACACACCGGCUACAUCACAGACAAGGAAGACGAGUAGCAGAAGAGCAUGAAUGCUUGUAGAUCCACACCUCUACAAUGUCCUGUAGACAGAUCACAACACAGCUGACCGUCAACCACCAGCAGAAACAAUAUUUUCAGAAGUACAUUAUCUUUAGUGAGGAUUGUGUGAAAACAGCUUAGAUCUAAAGCUACUACGGAAGCCCAUAAGGAACAAACCAACAGACGUUUAUGCAUCUAAAUGAUCAUUUCCAGCCUGUUGCAGCACGCUGUUGCUUUAAAACGCUUCGCUUGCCACCAGGUUCUACCUAUUCUGAGCGGUUUUCGUCACUUGUAAGAAAUUUUGUUUUUGUGGGUCAGAUUGCUUGUUUCUUGUGCAAAAUCUGGCAACUCCAGCAGAUCAAGAAGCAGAAAGCAGAAUGAUGCUCCCCCGUUUAGAAGAAUGUGGAUAUUAUGGAAGUUUUGGACAAACCCAAACAUGGAAGAUAUAACUCAUGAGAGCAUUCAGAGGGAAGCUGACUUGUUUAGGUUUAGGUCAUCUGUUUGUUGCCUUCAGAGCUUUGUCAUGUUGGAGUAUAAGGAUUAAGGAUUCCUAAAAUGUGAACUAAGCUAAAAGCUAUUUUGAAGGAUGGCAAGAUAUAGCCUUUUUUUUUUU